AUGGCCAGCGAAGCCAACAACAACAACACCGCUGAACUUAAAAUGGCCGAAAAGGAGGAGGAGAGCAAGCUUAAGAUGAAGUAUCCCUCCAUUCAGCGCCCUGGUCCGCAGUUUCUGCAGAAGCGCCUUCAAAAGGGACAAAAAUUUUUCGACUCUGGCGACUACAACAUGGCAAAGGCAGCGGCGGCGAACAAGGGCUCAAACAAGCCUCGCCUGCCAGAGUCCAAGCUGAACCAGGGCCAUCCGCUGCCGCCCACUUCAGUGCAGAGCACACAGGCACCGCCUCCCCUGACCUUGCCGCCACCAUCGAGUACCACGGGCGACGCGAUACCCACGCCUGACUGCUUGGCCACGAGAAAAGCCUCCAUUCAUGUCCCAAGUAAAUUAGUCUCAGGCGGUCCUUAA